AAUGAGUAUGUGUGACAGAGAGAGAGAGGGAGAGAGAGAGAGAGACAAAGGAGAAAGUGAGUAGAGCAGAAGAGCAGAGCAGCAAGGCAGAGGGAGGAGGAAAGAGGAGACGUGUUUGCGGAUUACUGGGUGACAUGGGAGGCACCUCCUAAACUCUCGAACUGGACUUGAUCUUCACUAGAGCACAUUAGGGAAACAAAAGGAGGUAAAGAAAAGAAGACAAAGAAUAAGAGGAAGGAGGAGGAGAAAUGAAGGACUUGGUGGAGUCAGUAGAACUCGGGGUCCCUCCAGGGAAAGGAGUUAAUGCAACUCGACCCAAAGUUUGCCUAAAGAAUGAACUUAUUCGUGUGGGACUUGCUGAAUCCCUUUGCACUUAUGUCAUGAUGGUGUUUGGCCUGGGGUCUGUGGCCCAGGUAGUGACUGGACAAGGAGCGUUCGGACAAUACCUCAGCAUCAACCUGGGUUUUGGCCUUGGUGUUGCUAUGGGGGUUCAUGUCGGAGGGAAGGUGUCAGGGGCUCAUAUGAAUGCGGCUGUGUCACUCACAAUGUGUGCGUUUGGCCGCCUUGCUUGGAAGAUGCUGCCUCUGUAUGUUUGUGCGCAGCUACUGGGGUCAUUUCUGGCAGCAGGGACAAUUUAUGCCGUCUAUUAUGAAGCCAUAUAUGACUAUUGUGGAGGAAACCUGACUGUCACUGGUGUAAAGGCCACAGCUGGUAUCUUUGCCACCUAUCCUGCACCGUAUCUCUCCUUGCUGGCCGGAUUCAUUGACCAGGUGUUUGGCACAGCCAUGCUGCUGCUGUGCCUGAUGGCUCUGUCGGACCAGAAAAACAAACCGGCGGCAGCAGGUGGCGAACCUGUCGCAGUGGGUCUCCUGGUGCUGCUCAUUGGCAUUUCCCUGGGCAGCAACAGUGGCUAUGCCAUUAAUCCCACGAGAGACAUUGCACCGAGGGUAUUCACUGCCAUAGCAGGCUGGGGGGCUGACGUGUUCAGGUCUGGAAAUGGGUGGUGGUGGGUGCCUCUAGUUGCACCCCCCAUUGGAGGAUUACUGGGUGCAGGGGUCUACAAGGCCUUGGUGGAAAUGCACCACCCACCUUGCUCUGAACAGGGUGAGAGGCUGGUGGAGGAGGAGACUGUCCCUCUGGGGAAACAAGAAAACAUCUGUGCAAAUGUAUGCGUCUAAGGACCCCCCCAACCAUUUACAGUGUUUCUCUUAUGAAGCUAUGUGAAUAUCUGAAUGCAGCUAAGACAUUCCAAGAUGAUCAUGAAGUUAUAUGGGGACAGAAAGACUUUCAUAAAAUGGAGAAACUGACCCAAGUAAGGUUCUGAAUAUCCCAAGGAAGCAUUUUGAAUGAGUCUGUUGUAUGUAAUUAAUGUCAUCAUCAGCCCGAGUUACUCAGUUGUGCUUAUGAGUGACUACAGCACAUACACAUUAUUAGAUAUUUUGGGCCAAGAUGCUGACAUCUAUGGCUUAUUCUUCAUAUCCAUGCUGGUUAUUGCACUUACAUUAAAACCAAAAGGAGCCAUCCUUACGCGUGGAGGAUGAAAACAAAAAUUACACCCACUGGACAACAAGUUAUGUUUAUAUUAUUGAGUUAAUAGUAGCCGAUACAACCUUGGAAGACACCAUAAAUAUCAUUCAUUAGAAUAGUCAGCAGGAAUCUAUUUACAUGAGCUUGGAAACUACAGUGUACAGUAUUAUG